AUUUUUUAGAGUAGUACAAUCAUUCUCUAUUCAAACGACAAUAGAAAAAAAAUAAAAAAUGUCUGACGGCGAAGAAGACCAAACCGCAAUUGUCUGCGACAAUGGAUCAGGAUUGGUAAAGUCCGGAUUUGCUGGAGACGACGCACCAAGAGCUGUGUUUCCUUCUAUUGUGGGAAGACCAAGACAUCAAGGUGUGAUGGUAGGUAUGGGCCAGAAAGACAGUUAUGUCGGCGAUGAAGCUCAGAGUAAAAGAGGAAUCCUCACUCUCAAGUAUCCGAUUGAACACGGAAUAAUUACUAAUUGGGACGACAUGGAAAAGAUCUGGCAUCAUACAAUGUACAACGAACUACGUGUCGCACCCGAGGAACAUCCUACGCUAUUAACUGAAGCUCCAUUGAAUCCAAAAGCAAACAGAGAAAAAAUGACACAAAUUAUGUUCGAAACAUUUAACGUUCCAGCAAUGUACGUCGCCAUUCAAGCUGUUUUAUCAUUAUAUGCAUCCGGCAGAACUACGGGUAUUGUAAUGGAUGCAGGUGAUGGUGUUUCACAUAAUGUACCAAUAUACGAAGGUUAUGCACUUCCCCAUGCUAUUGCGAGGUUGGAUUUGGCUGGUCGUGAUCUCACUGACUAUUUAAUGAAAAUUCUGACUGAGAGAGGAUAUUCUUUCGUUACCACUGCUGAACGUGAAAUUGUUCGUGAUAUUAAAGAAAAACUGUGUUAUGUUGCUCUUGACUUUGAACAAGAAAUGGCAACAGCUGCUUCUUCAACAUCACUCGAGAAAAGCUACGAACUUCCCGAUGGUCAAGUCAUUACUAUCGGAAAUGAAAGAUUUAGAUGCCCGGAAACUCUUUUUCAACCUUCCUUCAUUGGUAUGGAAUCUGCCGGUAUACACGAAACAACAUAUAAUUCUAUUAUGAAAUGCGACAUUGAUAUUCGUAAGGACUUGUACGCCAACAACGUUCUUUCUGGAGGAACUACAAUGUAUCCUGGUAUUGCUGAUCGUAUGCAGAAAGAAAUCACUGCUCUUGCACCAAGUACUAUGAAAAUCAAGAUCAUCGCUCCUCCGGAAAGAAAAUAUUCUGUAUGGAUUGGAGGAUCAAUUUUGGCUUCUCUCUCAACCUUCCAACAGAUGUGGAUUUCAAAGCAAGAAUAUGAUGAAGCUGGUCCUUCGAUUGUUCACAGAAAAUGUUUUUAAUUUGAAUUGAUUCCUGUCUAUUUUGUUUUAAUUGAAAUCCCAAAUUUAUGUUUCGUACUGAUUCAAUCAAGUUUAAACUUAACACGUGUUUAGUGUCAAUAAAUAAAUAGUAUCUUGGAAAUCGAUACGCAGUAAUAUUGUUUUUACUACCAAUCCUAUUUUUAUGAGUGUGUUAGUGUUCAAUGGAAACAGUACUGUUGUUAAUAAUAAACAAUACUUGAAAAGUCCUUUCAUACUUAAUUAAAAUGAAAGGUUAUUUUAGUUGAUUGAAUAUUUUACCACUCACUUAGUUCUCUAUUAAUAAAACACUAAAAAAUGCUCAACGAUGUUCAUACCUACUUCGCGAGCAUAUUUUUUAAAUUCCUAAGAUGACAUUUUUAGUCCAUUGUCAAUGACUAAAACUAAGAUCUUGCCAUCGAAAAAAAAAAUAUAUUUUCAAAUGUUCAUUAAA